AUGUUCAUGCGGAGAAGUCAAAAACUUCAAACAACAAAAUGCCUGGCACUCCAACACAUUAAAUUUAGUGCCUCAACUCUUUCAAUUGAAACAGCCAAUAUUCGGAGAAGCAGGACGAAUUUUCAUUGGAGCACAUCCAACAAUUCCGAAGCAACCCAUCGUUUUGGCUCCAACAUGGUUCUCUUAAUUUCUGGUGCAACAGGAACUGGAAAGACUGGAUUGUCCAUAGAAUUAGCAAAACGACUGAAUGGAGAAAUAAUCAAUGUUGAUUCUGUGCAAAUGUAUCAUGAAUGUACAAUUGGUAGUAACAAAAUUUCUAAGGAUGAAAUGCAAAACAUUCCUCAUCACCUGAUAGAUAAUGUUUCGUUAAAACAAUGUGCUCAUGAUGUUCAACAUCAAUACACAGUGCACCAUUUUUACAAAGAUGCUCAUAAUUUAUGCUCUGAAAUUCUUUCCCGAAAUAGGAUACCAAUUCUCGUAGGAGGUUCUGCCUAUUAUAUUGACGCUUUCAUUAAUGGAGUUGUACCAGAACACUCACAACCACAAACUAUAUCUCUAUUAUCACGUGAUGAUUCGUCCAAAAUUUCAUCUACUGAAUGGGACAGAAGAUAUAAAAUUCUUCAAGAGUUGGAUCCUGAAUAUGCCUCAAAAAUUCACAGAAACGAUUUGUAUAGAUUAAAUAGAGCAUAUCAUAUUGUGACCACUACAGGAAAGACAAUGAAGCAAUACAAGUACGGUGAAUUGAAUUGUAAAUCUAUUGAAAAUAAUUUAGAUAUUAGAGGAGCCAUUUUGUAUCUAGACAGAUACAAACUAUAUCCCAGGUUAGAAAAAAGAUGCGAAGAGCUUGUGGAGCUUGGGUUAAUAGAAGAAGUGUAUGGGCUAUUACAGCAAGGUAUAUUAUUGGAUCAUACUGUUCCCUAUAGAGCAAUAGGUUACAGACAAACCAUUGAUUUUAUUAACAAAGUCAAGACUUUGAAAAAGGGGUCCAGCUUUGAUUCAUCCCUCAAAUAUUGCUUUUUACAAUUCUUGUCAGAGUUUAAACAGGCGACAAGAAAAUACUCAAAACAUCAAAAUACAUGGUUUAAGAAAGACAAUGAAUACUAUGAAUGGAUGGAACCAGAAAAAUUUGGUUUGAGUUUGAGCGCUAUGACAAACUACGUAAUUGACAAUAUUGUGAAUGUUUCGCAAGAAGAUUUCAAGAAGCGAGUGCAAAGCGAAGAACAGACAAUUUUGAAACAGAAAGCUUGUAGAGCAGAGAACGAAGUUGUAAAGGAAAGUACUGCAAAGGAGAAAACAAAGCGAACAACCUUCCUUGUUAAAAGCAAGGUCAAUGACAUGAACCGUCUAUACGUUUAUAAGGAUGACAGAAUUCUCGUCCAUAGAUUGAAUCAAAUCAAGAGACUUCUGUUUACAAAUGUUUAG